AUGGAACCAGAAAGCCUGAAAGUAUUACGACUACACGAACACCCACAGUAUUUAAGGCCAUGUUGUGAAUUAAUAAAUGAUGAAUGGCCGCGUAGCGAAACGGCUAGAAUGAUAUCUCUGCAAGCCUCCUGUAACCACCUACCUACCAGUCUAAUACUAAUUAACGAUAAGGAAUAUCUCUUGGGGCAUUGCAAAUUAACUGCUAUACCAAGUAUACCUGAGAGCUGUUUUAUAGAAACAGUAGUUAUUAAAAAGUCAAUGCGCGGUAGAAAACUAGGAAGUCACUUGAUGAAACAAGUAGAAAAAUACUGUAAAAACGUACUGCAGUUGAAAAUGCUACAUUUAUCUACCAAAGGACAAGAAAAUUUCUAUGCCAAAUUGGGAUACGAAAUUUGCGCGCCAAUAUCAAUUUAUGGAACCCAUUUUGGGAAUAAUGGAUCGACACCAGUAUCCAAUAACAUUCAAAACGGAGUGUCACUGAAUAGCAACCCUACAGGAAAUCAGCUACACCCGUCGUUACCGCCCCCACCCCCACCGAUGCCUAAACUGAAUAGUUUGGUACCUAAUUAUUCCAUCAAAUCAACGAAAACAUUUAUGUUUAAGUAUUUGUAA